UAAAGCAACAUUUUAUUCUAGAUUUAAAAAAAAAAAAAAAACUCAUCUCUCAAAAAUAAAACAAAAAAAAGAUAGAGAGAAAAGUAUUCCGGCCAAAUUCUAACUUUUUCCGACGAAGAUUCCGUCCAAAUUCCGACCAAUCUUAUUCUGUUUCACUCGCCCUCUCUGGUUAAGGAUUGUUGACGAAAAUGGCCUCAUGGGCAUCUCAAAUUUACGGUCCUGCCACUUAUAGUGGUAGUUCAUACUCAUGGAAUCAAGUUUCAGGGUCUAAGAUUAUGUAUUUCAGCCAAAAGAUGAAGCAUUAUUCAUUUAAGGCAUCCUUUGGACUACCAAAUUCAUCAGUAUUUUCAAUGGGGAAGAAAAUUAAUUUCAAUUUCAAUAUAAAUAUUGAUAAUGGUAGAAAUGGUCACUUUGGUUUAGUAGAUGGUAAGGUAUAUGGGUUUGAUUUUUCGAUGACGGGUUCGAAGAAAGCUGGUGGGUUGCACCCAUUUGUGGUUACUUGCUUAGCUAAUGGAGAGAUUAGUGCAGAGGAGAAGGUGAAUGUGCUGGUAAUUGGAGGAGGUGGAAGAGAGCAUGCACUUUGCCAUGCCUUGCAACGAUCACCAUCAUGUAGCAAGGUCUUUUGUUCACCUGGCAACAUUGGGAUUUCAAAAUCAGGGGAUGCUAUUUCCCUUUCAGAUGUUGACUCCUCUGAUAGUUCAGCUGUCAUCUCUUUCUGCCAAAAACAGGCUAUUGGAUUAGUUGUGGUGGGACCAGAGGCACCCCUUGUUUCUGGCCUUGCAAACGACCUUGUCAAAGCUGGUAUCCCAACUUUUGGUCCUUCAUCUGAGGCUGCUGCUCUAGAGGGUUCCAAGGAUUUCAUGAAGAGCUUGUGCUACAAAUAUGACAUUCCCACUGCCAAGUAUCAAACAUUUGCCGAUCCAACUGCUGCCAAACAAUAUAUUAAAGAGCAAGGAGCACCUAUUGUCAUCAAGGCUGAUGGGUUAGCUGCUGGAAAAGGAGUUAUUGUAGCUAUGUCACUGGACGAGGCUUACGAAGCUGUUGAUUUGAUGCUUGUAAAUGGCAUUUUUGGUUCUGCAGGUAGUCGUGUCAUUGUUGAGGAAUUUCUGGAAGGAGAAGAAGCGUCCUUUUUUGCAGUGGUGGAUGGUGAGAAUGCUAUUCCUCUAGAAUCUGCUCAAGACCAUAAACGUGUUGGAAAUGGUGAUACAGGGCCUAACACAGGUGGGAUGGGUGCAUAUUCACCUGCACCUGUGUUGACAAAAGAACUUCAGGCUUUGGUGAUGGACUCUAUAGUUCUUCCCACUGUCAAAGGGAUGGCUGCAGAAGGUUGCAAGUUUGUUGGGGUCUUGUAUGCUGGUCUUAUGAUUGAAAAGAAAUCUGGACUCCCUAAGCUUAUUGAGUACAAUGUCCGGUUUGGAGACCCUGAAUGCCAGGUUUUAAUGAUGCGCUUGGAGUCGGAUCUGGCACAAGUUCUUCUUGCUGCUUGUAGAGGUAAGCUAACAGGAGUGUCCUUAAAAUGGUCUCCUGGUUCAGCAAUGGUGGUAGUCAUGGCCAGCAAUGGUUACCCUGGUAGCUAUAAAAAGGGAACUGUCAUUAGUAAUAUAGAAGAAGCAGAAAAAGCUGCCCCUUCUGUCAAAGUAUUUCAUGCAGGAACCGCAUUAGAUUCUGAAGGCAAUUUGGUUGCUGUCGGGGGAAGGGUUCUUGGAAUUACAGCCAAGGGGGAUGACCUUCAAGAGGCAAGGGAUAGAGCCUAUCAAGCUAUUGAGAAAAUUAACUGGCCGGAAGGGUUUUAUCGGCAAGAUAUUGGCUGGAGAGCCCUCCCCCAAAAGCAAUUUUCUUAGAGGGGUUAACGUAUUGACUUCUAUUUGAGAUUUUGGAUGAAUCAUGAAUUUUGACUCCCGCCUCGAUUGGUAGGGAACGAAGAGAGAUCAGAGUAGUUUAGAUUGCCGAACAUUGUUUUUGAGGAUUGUCUUGCCUCAAUGUGUUAGAAGAUAUCUUUUCUGUGUCAAGUCCAAUGGAGAUUGUGAAGUCUCCAGAUGUUGUAUCUUAGAAAUUGCAUUAUACCAAUUGAUCUAACAAUUCCUGAA